AUGCCUGGUGUCAAGGACUUUGCCUUACAAGCAAAUAACUAUCUAUUGAUAGCACAUGAUGCCAUCAUUGCUAGCCGUGUCAAUCAGACACACCAAGCCAAUACCCUCAGGAGAGAGGAAAACACGUAUAAGGUUGGAGACUUAGUUUACCUCUCCACUGAGUAUUUAUCCCUACCCAAGGGUAGGGCAUGGAAGCUACUGCACAAAUAUAUUGGGCAGUACAAUAUUGUCCGCACAAAUGCGGAGAAGUUUACAACAUCCUCAAGCUCCCUGAGGAGCUCAAAGAUGAGUGGAUACACCCAAUAUUUUAUGCUGGGCUAUUAA